AUGUCAAAUCGAGGAAGACAACCAGCUAGACCACCACCUAGCCGUAAACGUGAAACAAAAUGGUCUGGAAAACCAAAGAGAUAUGCCAAUUUUGGGGCACAAUCUUUUGAUACUGUGAUUACUGGUCAUCUUACUCAAGAACAAUUGGAUGCAUACCAACGAUACUUUAGAGUCGAAGAAAUCAGUAAUUUUUUGAGUGUGGCCAAGCAACAACACAAGUCAAUAGUCGAUGUAUUACCCUCUGCAAAGGUGGACGAGACUGAUCAUUACAAAAGAGACCCUUCUCCACCUCCAAAGUACGACAAGAAUGGUAAUAGAACCAAUACCAGAGAACGGAGAAUCACAGAGGCAUUGGAAAAGGAAAGGCAUGAGUUAGUUGAAUUGGCUGCUUCUAGUAUAAAGAACUAUAUGAUUCCAUCCAACUACCGCAGACCAUCCAGAACUGUCGAAAGGUUAUAUGUGCCAGUGAAGGACUAUCCAGAUAUUAAUUUUGUUGGAUUCUUGAUUGGCCCCAGAGGAAAUACAUUGAAGAAACUACAAGAAGAUAGUGGGGCACGGUUGCAAAUCAGAGGUAAGGGAUCUGUCAAAGAAGGAAAGAGUUCUGAUGGCUUUGGUUCAUCGCAAGGUGGAACUGACAUUCAAGAUGACUUGCAUGUUUUGAUAACGGCAGACUCUCCACUCAAGAUCUCUAAGGCAGUCAAAUUAGUUAAUGAAAUUAUUGACAAGCUCAUUUAUUCGCCACAGGGGAUGAACUUUAUGAAGCGUGAUCAGUUGAAAGAGCUUGCUGUUUUGAAUGGGACCUUGAGAGAAACAAAACCAUUUGAUCCAGAAGCUCACCAGAAGAAGCAACAGCAGCAAAUGGACAUCACAAAGAUUGUAUGCAAAAUAUGUAGCAACAUUGGCCACAUUGCCAGAGAUUGUAAGCAGAAUACCGGGAAACGUCCAUUUGAAGAUAAUGCUGAGAAUACACAUGAAACAGCAAAUAAGAAAGCCAGAACUGAUGUACCGCCACCACCACCGCCUCCUCCACCAAUCCCUCCUUCUUCUAAUACAGAAAACCUGAAACAAGUUCAUCCACCGCCUCCGCCGCCGCCACCACCACCACCAGUUGCUUCUGCUUCUGCUACUAGUGUGAGUCUAAAUAUAGGACAGGUACCCCCACCACCACCACCCCCUCCCCCUCCUCCUCCUCAUGUACGACUUGCAUUUGAUUUUUCUUCAGGUACUGAAAGUAAUUCAAAGGCUUCUUCAACAACAGAAAACGAGGGUUCUGGCUCUUCUACUGCCCCACCUCCACCCCCACCUUCAAAUAUUCCAAGGUAA